AUGACGGCUUCAAAUACCAGAAAUGAACAAUCUCAACAGGCUAUCUUUACUGUUGGAUCCAUGGUGGAAGAUUUAGAGAUUGUGAAAGCACUCAAUAUUGGAACUUAUGGACAAGUGUAUAUGGCGAGACAUAGACAUACCUUUGAACGUUAUGCAGUAAAGUCACUACCUCACACUCAACUCAUCAAGAACGGUCUCGAAACUCCACAGCGUCAAUUAUCUGCCUUCCAACGAAAUGAAAUCACGCUGCAUUCUCGUCUUUCCGGCCAUCCGCAUAUCAUCCGACUUGAAAAAGUAUUACAGACAGCCGAAUGGACGCAUGUCAUUAUGGAAUAUGGAUCUGAAGGAGAUUUGUUCUCAGCGAUCACAGAAAAAAAUCUGUAUUACGGUAACCAUGAUUUGAUCCGCCAUGUCUUUCUCCAAAUUCUCGAAGCCGUUCGGCAUUGUCACAGCAACCAUAUCUAUCACCGUGAUCUAAAGCCCGAAAACAUUCUGGUCUUUGACGGUGGACGCACCGUCAAGUUGGCUGAUUUUGGCUUGGCGACGACCGAUGCCAUCAGUCAUGAUUUUGGUUGCGGAUCUACCUUUUAUUACUCACCAGAGUGUCAAGGUACCAAGAGCGGGAUUCGAUUAGCAGGCAUCAAGAACCGUCAUUAUCGACAUGCAUCCUCCACAGGUGGGUACGCAACGGCACCUAACGAUGUCUGGGCCUUGGGCAUGUGCUUGAUUAAUUUGGCCACCUCUCGAAACAGUUGGAAAGUGGCCUCUUUAGAUGACGAUACUUUCCGCGCUUAUUUGUACAAUGACUCAAAUUUACUUUUAAAGAUUUUACCGAUAUCGAUGGAACUCAAUAAGAUUCUAAAACGAAUUUUUGUUCUGGAUCCGAACAAGAGAAUGACUCUGGAUGAAUUGUCCAUGCGCAUUCAACACUGUCGCUAUUUCACUCGUACGCAAGAAGUCAUUCACUAUGAAGCAGCCAUGAUG